AUGGCCUGGGAGAAACAAUGUGGCGAUACUGAAGAUGAAGGUUUGACCCAGGCCUUAAGGAUGAAGAGGAGAGGAAGAGAGGGUAUUCUAGAGGAGGAAUACGAGGGACAGAGAAGCAAGUUAAAUGGGAACAAGAAGAAAACAAUCAGACAACCCCCAAAGGUGGAUCAUCUUGAAGGACAACUGACAGCCUCGGAUAAUCAGUGUAAUGGUAGUGACGGCACAGAGAAGCAGGCGAGUGAAACGCACAGCAUCGAGGAUCGCAUACUGCGGGGCUGCAGGGAGGCACCCGUCAAGGGUGCCAGGGAAACCACCCUUAGGCGUUUGGCAGGUAGUGACGGCACAGAGAAGCAGGCGAGUGAAACGCACAGCAUCGAGGAUCGCAUACUGCGGGGCUGCAGGGAGGCACCCGUCAAGGGUGCCAGGGAAACCACCCUUAGGCGUUUGGCAACCAGCAGAAAUGGAGUGGGGCUUGGGAGCUGGGGUGCAGAAGGGGCUCAGGGCCAGGCUGUGGGGGCUCCGAGCGAGUCAGAUGGGCAGCAGAGACCUGGACCUUCCCAGCCCAGGAGGUUCCAGCUGCCUCCACAACCAGUCAUCCUGGACAAGCACCGCCCCUCGUGCCAGAAAACCAGGCUCUUGAGUCUUGAAUUCAUUCCUCCAAGAGGAAAAACAAGUCCUCUGAAAUUUCAAACAGAAAGAAAUGAGGAAAGGAAAAAAGUACUCCACAUUCCAGAGUUCUAUGUUGGAAGCAUUCUUCAUGUUAAUAACCCAUAUGCCAAUGAAAAAACCAGCCAGUUCCUAAGGAUUUGCAUCCAGAGAUCAGGAACUACCUGGAGCUACUUUUUGUUUCUAGGGCAUGGAGCUAUUCUUAUCCUUAGGAAUACUGCUGAAGGACAAAGUGUUGAGAUUUGCUUUGAACUUUAUAAUCCUAGAAUUCAGGAGAUCCAAGUGAUCAAAUUAGAGAAACAACUUGAUGACAGCUUGCUACACUUGCGAGAUGUCCUUCCUGAAUACAGAACUUUUGAUAUUAAUAUGAAGCCAAUAGUAUAAGAAUCCAGCCAAGAAGUUCCUAUUAAUCAGCUGAAAGUAAAAAUGAAGCCUAAGCCCUGGUCCAAACACUGGGAGUUUCCAAAGUUUAAUAUUAAAGGAAUCAGAUUUGAUCUUUAUUUAACUGAAGAGCAAAUGAAAGAAGCUCAGAAGUGGAGUCAGCCAUGGCUCGAGUUUGAUAUGAUGAGGAAAUGUGAUACUUCACAAAGUGGAGCCGCAAUAUGGGGUGAAACUGAAGCAUCGAAAAAGUCCUGA